AUGGAUGUUGACAUGUUUGACAAUGAAACCGCCAGCAAGGAGAUGGUUGUCGACUUGCAGGAGACGGCUGAAUCACCGCCCAGCAACUGCAACAAUGGAAGGCUAUCCUUGCCUGCCCAGCUCCCUGAUGGCCAGCUGACGGUUCAGUUCUACGAUAUCAACUCGAUGCGGCAUGUUCAAUUGAGUGACUUAUGUCGAAUCUACAAGCUCCCCCACUCUGGAACCAUCCCAAAGCUGAAGGAACGUCUGCGGAAGUUUAGUCGAGACCCACAGGCAGCAGACAGCAGGAAGCCCUACACCCGCAAUUCUCAUCUCGGACCAAAGACUGGGAACACAUCAUCUCAGAAGAAGAAGUCCGCCCAACGGCGUGAAGCCCUCUUCGAGAAUGUCCCUCCACCCAGCACCACACUUGGUUUGCCUGUUCUCUUGUCGACUGCGGUGUCCCUGAAGCAGAGGGAGCAUGAUCUUGCAUGGGCUUCGAGUAUCGUUCAGAGAUAUCCCUACCGUACGAAAGAGAUGCACCUCAAGAUUGCUGAGGGAAGGCUUGCAGCAAGGACAUACCUUCGGGGCUCAGAUGGCAGCAUUGAAUGUGCCACCGACCAGUCAAUCAAGAAGGGACUCGAUGACGCCAAUGCCAAUAUUACGAAGCUGCUCGACUACAUUACGACUGGCCCACUGGCUGAUUGCACAGCGAACACCAUCGACAACACAGGGACGUCUCACUUUCACAACCCCGCCACCAACGAUCAACAACUUGCAAACCCUGUAUCCACAUUCAGCCUACCUGUUGCCCUCUCGCUGCCUCCGACCGAAGGUCUAUCAACGUCGGCCACAACAAGAACAAUUGUUCUUCAUAGCGGGCUUACCCUGACAUUCACAGAAGCUGAGGUUCCUCCACCGCCAGCCAUCUCCUUUGCGAAGAACCUGCCCUCCCUCAAUCGGAUGUGGGAUGACCACUCUGAACAUUGGGAUCGCCAGUCGGUUCUCGUAAUCAAAGGAACCCCGAUCCCAAUAUGUUACUGGAAGGACAUCUACACAUCGAAAGGGUCACCCAAGGGUCGUCUGUGGAAGCAGAAUCAGUGGAAGGGGCUCAAGGGUCGGUGGUUUGAAUGGAAGGUACAUCUUUUCACAAGUUCUGCACAUGAAGUCGUUAUUGACACGAUCCAGGUGCUCAUCAAGGAGUGGCGGCGAGGCAGCCCAGACGAAUUCUGGGCACACUUUGUGGUCGAUGGGAAACCACUCGGGUAUAAGGCAAUUCUGGACAAGUUGGCGGAGUGGCGAGGAGUGGAGAAUAACAUGCUAUGCGAGAGGGCAAAGCUGGAAUACGGCGAGCAGUUUUCUUCCAUCUUCUCUUACACUAAAAAUGGCAGGAAAUGUGUAAAGACCAAGGCUUCCGAUGUUGCGAAGCAGUAUCGCGAGCUACAAGGAAUCCAGGACAAUGACGAUGACGAUGAGUAG